GAGUAACGUCCAUUUUUCCUUCAUUUUAAGCCUUAAAUACAAGUGUGGCAUUGUAGAGAGUCGACUGAUGAGCGGCAGCUUUUCUAAUGCUAAUACCCAAUAUAUAAAAAUGCCUGCCUGUUCUCUCAUUUUUUUCUAUUUUCUCUUAUUCUCCCACAUUGGCACGCCUUUCCCCGUUCUUUUUUCCUUGCUUUUAAAGCAUUUCCGCUUAUAUAUAAAAUGCCUGUGUGUUGCUGAUUCCGCGAAGUUGUCCGUCCCCUCAUCAUGA